AUGGCAGCUCAUAUGCGCAUGUUCUUCUGGAUUUCUUUGAUGGUCAUCUUUUUGGCGCGCUCCACCGUGACAGAAACUGAUAACUACAUCGUCCAUAUGGACUUAGCCGCCAUGCCUAAACCCUUUGCUACCCACCAUAGCUGGUACUCUGCCACCCUUUCCUCUGUUCUUCUAGAUACCUCUCCUCUUCGGACAACAACUUCUUCUUCCUCCUCUUUGCCUUCCAAAUUGAUCCAUUGUUACAAGCACGCCAUCAAUGGAUUCACUGCAAAUCUCACCCCAUCCCAGCUUGACGCUUUAAAAAACUCUCCUGGCUAUGUUUCAUCUGUACGAGAUUCAUCGGUUCGUGCUGACACAACUCACUCCUCUAACUUCCUCGCUCUAAGCCCCAACUCGGGUCUCUUGCCGAUCUCGAAUUAUGGCAGUGAUGUUAUAAUCGGGUUUGUGGAUACUGGAGUUUGGCCUGAAAGCGAGAGCUUUAAUGACGAUGGGAUCUCUAAAAUUCCAUCUAGAUGGAAAGGAGAAUGCGAGAGUGGCACCCAUUUCAAUGCUUCAUUGUGCAACAAGAAGCUGAUUGGAGGUAGGUUCUUUAACAAAGGACUAAUCGCCAAGUUUCCCAAUGUAACCAUAUCUAUGAACUCCACACGCGACACCAACGGUCAUGGAACUCAUACCUCCACCACUGCUGCAGGUAGUUACGUUAAAGAGGCAUCCUUUUUCGGUUAUGGUCAGGGAACUGCAAGAGGCGUGGCUCCACGAGCACGAGUGGCAAUAUACAAGGCCAUAUGGAAAGAGGGUAAUGUUGUAUCAGAUGUAAUAGCUGCAAUUGAUCAGGCAAUUUCAGACGGUGUCGAUGUGAUAGCACUGUCGCUCGGCAUCGACAGAGUUCCUCUGUACGAAGACCCUGUUGCUAUAGCCACCUUCGCCGCCAUGGAAAGAGGUAUUUUUGUAGCCACAUCCGCUGGAAAUAAGGGGCCUCAGUUUGGGACAGUACAUAGUGGAGCUCCUUGGGUUUUAAAUGUUGCAGCAGGCACAAUGGACCGUGACUUUGGAGGUACAAUUACACUUACCAAUGGAGUUUCUGUUUUGGGAUCAUCUUUAUUUCCUUUGAACUCAGCCAUAGCUUUGUCUCCACUCCCCAUUUUCUUCAUGGGGCAAUGUCACAAUUUGAAGAAACUCAAAAGAGUUGGAUUUAAGAUUGUGGUAUGUGAAGAUAGUGAUGAGUACUCCUUAGAUUUACAAGUUGAUAAUGUUCAAAGUGCCAAAAUUGCCGUAGGAGUCUUCAUCUCCAAUAUCUCCGAUUGGGAUAACUUAAUCCAAACUUCAUUCCCUUCUAUUUUCCUCAACGCAUAUCAUGGAAAUGUCUUAAAAGAUUACAUCAACAGAAGCUCUAACCCAAAAGCAAGGGUGAAUUUCCACAAGACAAUAAUAGGGACAAAGCCCGCACCGAGUGUGGCGCGUUACAGCUCAAGAGGGCCAUCAGAGAGCUGCCCCUUUGUGUUGAAGCCUGACAUUAUGGCGCCUGGUGAUGCCAUUUUAGCUUCAUGGCCACAGAACGUGGCAGCCACAGAUGUGUACUCAAGGCCAAUUUACAGCAAGUUUAAUGUAUUAUCAGGGACUUCUAUGGCUUGCCCACAUGCCGCAGGAGUUGCAGCCCUUCUCAAGGGUGCACACCCUGGGUGGAGCCCCGCAGCAAUUCGGUCGGCAAUGAUGACCACGGCCGAUAUUGUCGACAAUACACAAACAUUGAUCAAAGACCUUGGCAACAAGAACAAAGUAGCUACUCCUUUAGCCAUGGGGUCCGGGCAUGUCAAUCCCAACAAAGCGAUUGACCCGGGAUUGAUUUAUGACAUGGGAAUCGAAGACUAUACAAACCUUAUCUGUGCAUUAAACUACACCAAAAACCAAAUCCAAACAAUCACUCGAUCGACCUCGAACGAUUGCGAGAAGCCGUCGUUAGACUUGAACUACCCUUCUUUUAUCAUAACUGUGAAUGCUAGUGAUUCAGAGACAGGAAGAACAGAAAUCUCAAGAGAAUUUAAGAGGAGGGUCACCAAUAUAGGAGAGAAGGGAGCAACGUACAGAGCAAAGAUGACACCCAUGAAGGGGCUUGUAGUGACAGUGGAACCGAAGAAGCUGAAAUUCAAGAGGAAGAAUCAAAAUUUGAGUUUUAAGCUGAAAAUUAGAGGCCAUGUUAGCGUUAAAAGAGAAAGUGACGUGGUUUUCGGUUAUCUGAAUUGGGUGGAGGUCGGAGGUGGACAUAGAGUUCAAAGUCCCAUAGUGGUGACCAACAUGUCGUCAUCGAGGACCCCCACCUUGACGGCUGAUGACCUACUUUUACCUUACCGUUUCAAUUUAGCGUCCAAUCUUUUUAUUAUCAUGAAAACGUUACAUAAUAAUUAA